AUGCAGGAUUACAGUGUGAUUAGGGGGAGAUCAUUUUGUGCCUGCUUUGAAAACAUCGAGAUUGUCCUGUCUUUGGUGAACCUGUGCGCCCGGGAGGUGGUGAGCGACCACAGCUCUUCGCCGUAUUGGUUAAGUUGUGUGCCGAGGGAGCUCUACCGAGCGUUGCUGGACGCCGCCUUCACCCACUGCCGUCCUCUAGCUGUCGGUGAGCUCGUCCAGCGGUGGCCCGAGAGAACACUGACCGUUGGAGGCAGCAGAAAAGCGGGCGAGUGCCCCCCGAACCGCCUCUGCGUUCAGGCUCUGCUGCUGGCUGUGGUCAGGGGACUGACGGACAAGAGGUGUUGCCUGCAGAUGCUGGAUCUCAGUGGACUUCAAUGUGAAAAUGGGAGAGUUGAGGACUCGAUGGGUGGAUGGUCCCUCAGUGUUGCCCUGUGCUCAAUGGUGCUACAAGCUCGAGCUGCUGCCUCCAGGGCUCACAGGAGAGAUGGAGAAAGAGAGAGAAAAAGAGGACUGGAAGCAGAACGCGACCGGGGCACCAUCAAACGAGACCGGGGCAAGGUAGGGUGCGGGAAUAGUGGUGAAUGGAGUCAGGGAGGACACGGAGUGGAAGAAGUAGAGAAGAUGGAGUGCAAAACUAAUGAACGGAUGUUACCAGAAGAUGAGUCAGUAAAGGGUGUCAGGAGGAGGAUGGAGAUCCAGAGAAGAAAGACUUUAUCUGAGGGGAAAUCAGACACCAGCAGUAAUAGCAGUAGGUUAUGCGACCAAGACUGGGACGAGGUAGUUGUGGUCUAUGUCAGGGCUGACCUUUUUGUCAAUUCCCGUUCCUGGGAGCGUGUCCGUGAUGCCCUUAGUCAACCAGGUCCACUGCGGCUCCACUGCCGCUACCUCCGCGUGGAGGAACUCUCAGCGCCCUCCAUAGCUUCCUUGUUGGGUCUCUUGCCUCAGCAAAAUCUCCUCGGUGUGGACAUCCGCUACUCCAGCCUUGGGGUGUCAGGCCUGGCUAUGCUGCUUCCACUGUUAGCACCCUUUCCUCAGCUGCACUCUCUGAGACUGCAUUACUGUAACUUGGAUUUACAGCGCGCACAGCCUGGCCAGCAGGGGGCACUUCAGGACAUGUCUAAAGGACUGGGAUCACUGAAGAAACUAAAGAGAUUAUGUCUGACUGCACUCCGACUGCCGGGACACCUGCGCCUGCUGCUCAGCUCUCUUUCCCAGCCUCUGGAGGUGCUGAAGCUGCCAUACCUGUGCCUGACCUCCACGGACCUGGCCUACCUCUCCUGCAGCCAGCAUGCUCCAUUCCUGAGAGAACUUGACCUGAGUGAGAACUGGCUUGAUGAAUCGUCCCUGCCCUCUCUGCGCCGUCUCUUAGCUCAAGCCGAAAACUCUCUGUGCCAGCUUUCACUUUGUGGUUGUGGCCUCUCAGACACUCUCCUGAGUGCUCUUCUUCCCUCCCUGUCCAGCUGUCAGGCUUUACGUAGAUUAAGAUUCGCCUUAAAUCCGCUCUCUAGAACGGGACUGCUUUGCCUGGCCCGUACAGCGGCAGGAAUCCCUUCUCUUCGUCUGCUGCUCUAUCCCAAUCCACUAGAGGAAUAUGAGCCUGGUCUGCCGGCUCUCCCCUCCAGUGCUCAGCUGUUGGAUUGGCCUCUGUUAGAGGAGUCUGAGGGCAGGGACUUGACUCUGAGGUUACUGGAAGAGGUUCUGAACUUGAGAGGACGAUCCCGGGACCUUCUCGUGACCUCUGACCUUCUAAACUAUAGCCCAGACUUAACUGUGGAUGAAUAGAGGGUGAAUGUCCCAGAGCUCACUCUUUUAAUAAGUAUGUGACAAUCAAAACUAUGCUUAAACUAGUACUCUCAGAUUAUGUUUUAACCACUCAUGGGGAAUGUACUUGUGGUUGCCAAGCUUUUUUCAGUAACAACAAACCUUAGCUUAUACACACAAUCGUAUAAAAAGGCUGGCUAGUGGAAACCUUCGCAUUAUAUUGUAUGCAGCUUCUCACAUGAAAUGAUUUUGAUUUGUAUUUGUUUAAGUUAUCCAUUAAGUAUGGUUUUAUUGCUUUAAAUCAUACUAUAAUAGGGCAAUGUUUAUGGCAAACACCGAUAGAAGGAACCUCUUAAAAGUUUUUUUAA